UCAGCCAUGGCUGACCCAUCUCCCAACCAAUUGGUGUCCUGCCCCUUCGACAAAGCGCAUCAAGUCGAGCACAGCCGUCUGCACUUUCACAUUAAUAAGUGUAAAAAGCAACACCGUAAUUCCCAAAAAGUAACGUGUCCAUUUGACAGCACGCACAUCAUCGGUUCUAUACAUUUAGACCACCAUGUACAAACGUGCCCGAAACGUUUUAUACUAGAUAGUCAAAAGUACAUAAUGGACAACAACCACCGUCCGGUAGUAGAAGUGCAAGAAGCGCGUUCUAUACAGAGCGAAGAGAAUUGGGAUGAUGAACAUACAUCAACCUAUGUCCCUGACCUGGAGAAGAAGGGACCGCAUAUAAUUAGAAAGGUUCAGGGCGCAACUCCGUCAGAGAGAAGGAAAGCCAGGAUGGAGGGUAUAGCGAACUUUAAACCCCUUGAAUAAUAAAUAUGUGAUAUUCA